UGAAAAACUCCCUCCAAAACAACUUGGCUCUCCCACAAUUUAUUCCCGCCUAUACAAAUCCUAAAUUUCAACUAACGAAAUUUUUGGCUCCAUAGUCAUUUUUGGCGCUCAUCCUAAAAUUUUGACUCUCCUACCGUUUCUUUUACCAAGGAAAACUAAAAGAAAAGCAAACCUUUACCUUUCUUUCCAACCCCUCUCUUGGUUCCAAAAAAAAAAACUCUCUUUCUUCUCGUCUCCGUCUGUUUGUUCUUCAGAGAAAUGGCGUCAUCCCCUUCUUUAACCUAACUCGAUGCCUAAAAACUCUACUAUAGCUAUCUCAAUCCCAUACCCUCCUCCAUCUAAGCAAAAUCAUUCCCAUGACAAUCUUAAUUACGGAUAUUGUUUUUCAGACGGCCAUUCCGAUGUCAAUCUCUUCUCCUUCCAUCUCAAUCUCAAAUGCCCUGAAGAUUUAUCGUGGUCUACAGUUGUGAAAGAGGAUGAAGGAAGGGCUGAUUGUCGAAGUAGAGGUACUGGCUACUGAAUCGGAGCUCAUACUGCUGGGAUCUACUGUUGUUGGAGCUAAUGGUGUUGGUUGCAGCGGAGUAGCAGCUACUGUCAGAAUAUGCUGCUAUUGUUGGCUGCGGAAGCGGAGCUGCUAUCGCCGAGAUCUGCUGCUGCCGGAACUACUCCUACUGGGAAACCAAAUUGUUUUCGAGCCUUAUUGG